AGUGAUAUAGUGAUUGUCAACAUUGAUGCAUGUUUUUUUCGUCUAUGAAAGUCAUGUAUCCACAUAUUUCUCUUGUAGCACAAACACUCUAAUGAUGUCUCAAACGACAUCUUUCAAAAUACUCUCUGUCCGCAAAAGUGUCAAAAUCAGCUGAUCUGUAUCAAUCGCACUCCAAUGAAUGAAAGAAAGAUCGACAUAACCAUAAAACAUAAAAUCGACGUUUGAACGCUGAUUGGAAAAAGAACGAAUGAAAAUUCACAUUUUUCCCCAUUUAUUCGAUGUAGAUGUGGAGCUAGAUGUGAUUAAUUCGGUGCGGCACACUAUUGAAUUGCAAGCAACCUGUGAGUGGGCUAUUAGUUGCAUGUGUGUGUCUGUGAACACAUGGUUUGAUGUCAUUUACCAUUGACAAUGACAGUCUCUACUGCCAUCCACCAUAUUAGUUUCUAAAGAACAAUCUGUCUAUGAAGUUCAAUCCGUACUAUAUGUAGAGGAGGAAUAAUAUAUACGAAAAAAAAGAGACUUUUCAUUCAGUUCCAUAUAUUAUUCAGCGAUUUAUAACACAUAUACCACAUAUAUUUUAUAAAAAAAGUGUGAAUCAUGAUUUCGUGGAGUAGAUAAAAAGAGUCGAUGACAUCCAUACGACGACGACAACGAUGAGAAAAACUUAUUCAAGUUGAACAGUUUUUAUUAUUUUCCAUAAUAUUUACAUAAAAUCCAUAAAAUUACAAGUUGUUCAAAAGUUAUAAUCAAAAUUAAACAAGGACGACAUCAGUUUUACCUCUUCUUUAAAGGGAAAGAGCAAAAGUCAAAUAAAAAUUCGUGCCAUAAAUGACGAGCAAUGAAAAAAAAUUCCUUUGUGUUUGUGUGUAUUGCUUCUUGUUGAUUUGCAACUGCUGAAAAUUCCAUCGUGAAGCAACAAACUAAAACAAAAAGACGCCUCAAAUAGGUGGGAAACCACUGGGAACAAUAUCAUUGAGAUACAUUAAAACACGAAUAUGGAAUACGAACAAAAUAAAUCUGACGACUAAAUCUGAAAUAAACAGCAAAUAUGCGAAAUAUUUUUGGCCUAAGUACUUUUUUUCCUUCACGUUUGCAUUAAUUACGAACUGUCGCAAAUACUUCUAUCAAUAUCAGUGUAUUUGUAUAUGUGUGUAGCCGUGAGUUUCGUAUGCCAAUUGUAUCAUUUAUUGAAGAAAUCAAAUCAUAAAGACCACAAUACAACUUAAUAAUUCCGCACACGAUAUACUUUUGCAAAAACAGAGGAACAAUAAGGCAUCGACGACGGCAGCGGCAGCAGCAGAAGCAGUAAUAAUAAUAAUUAUAAUACCAACAACAACAACCAUCGUCAAAAGACAAACACAGAACAAGAAUAAGAAUAAGAAAAGGAAAGAAGAAGAAGCAGCAGCCAAGUAAAAAGUGUACGCUCGUAUUUCCCAAUUGAUAUUAUAAUUUAUGAACUGUAGACACUUAUUACAGCAAAGGUUUUGCAAAGAUUCUGUUCACCAUUUGUUACUCAGCUACUUCAAUGUAUGCAAUUCAAUACGAAAUGAACUAGAUGUCGCAUAUUCUGAUAAAAAUUGUUUCAGCACAUUUGAAUACGACGUGAUCGAAUACACGGAUCGGAUCGAAUUGAAUCGGAUCAGACUAAUAAACGAACAGAGACAGUGUAAAACAUAAGAAUAAAUAAAUAAAAUAUCGGAUGUCAAGCUCGUAAAAAAGAACAAUAAAUUGCGUAUUGCAAUUGUACAAAAUACUCGCAGCUGCCAUCUGUGUGAGUGCAUCAUUGCAUCGGUGUAUUUGUGCUGUGAAAAUAGUGAAUCAAUUCGACGGAACGAUAAAUCAUACGUUAACCACAUACUCAUUAGCACGUAACAUUCACAAAUAUUCUCGUUCAUCCGUCUCUCUUCGCAUAAGGUUUAUGGUGUUUUAUUUUCAUUUCAACGCAUAUACUGGGACAACGUAGUAUAUGAUUAAUCUGCAACAUCACCCGAAACAUAUUCCAUUUACUUAUGACUAUCCAGAUCGCGUACGGCUAUAGCGGACAUUCCAAUUGACGAGAUUUUUCAUGUGUUGACUCUAUCAUCAAUAGGCUAAAGAGAAACUUAGAAAUAUGGCUUAUUCACAAUCACCGCGUGAAAGUGGUGAGGAAUCGGAAGAAGAUGAAAUGAUUGAGGAGAGUCCAUGUGGGCGUUGGUCAAAACGUCUGGAAGUGGUUGAUCAGAGAGAUGUGCCCGGAAUUGCACGCGCCCAUCUGGCAAUGGACAAUGAGGAGGGCGUUGAAGUUGUGUGGAAUGAAUUGUUUUUUAAUAGUCCACGGCAUUUCAAGAACGAAGAAGCUAAAUACCGGGAAAUGUUCGAUUGUAUGUCGCAACUUGAACAUCCAAACAUUGUGAAAUUCCAUCGGUAUUGGUCAGAUAUACAUGAUGAAAAGCCUAGAAUAGUAUUUAUAACCGAAUACAUGUCGUCCGGCUCAUGGAAACAAUUCCUGAAGCGAACCAAGCGAAAUGUUAAGAAAUUAUCGUUGCAUGCAUGGAAAAGAUGGUGUACACAAAUUUUGUCGGCAUUGGGCUACUUGCACUCAUCAAAGCCGCCAAUUGUACACGCCAACCUGACCUGUGAUACAAUAUUUAUUCAGCAUAAUGGUUUAGUGAAAAUUGGUAGCGUGUCACCGGAAUCAAUUCAUCACUAUGUGAUAUCGUCACCCGAAUACAAGCAACACCAUCCAAAUGUUCGUAUUCAUGAGCACGGUCCACCGCCAACAGAAGCGAUGGACGUGUAUUCAUUUGGCUUAUGUUCACUUGAAAUGGCAGCCGUCGAUAUGCAGGGUGACGAUGAUGCUGGUAAACUAGUCUCUGAAAAACAAAUUCAACAAACCAUUGCCAGUUUAGAGGAUGCAAACCAAAGGGAUUUUCUACAGAAAUGUCUACACGAAGAUCCAACAAAACGUAGCACAGUUCGUGAGCUAUUGUUCCAUCCGCUGUUGUUCGAGGUACCGUCACUAAAACUGCUUUCGGCUCACUCGAUUGUCAAUUCAUCGCCUAUAUUCUCCGAUACGAUUAUCGAUGAACGUAUGCAAACGUUGUACAAAAAUGAUUCGAUAUUGGCCUAUAUACUACGAGCUGAUCAACCUGUUGAAGUGAGAUUGCGUGAUGUGCCGCCCGUUGAGAAAUUGGAAAAACUCAUUGAAGAUGUCAAAUAUGGCAUUUAUCCGUUAACUGUAUUCGCACCGAAGCGAAUGGCGAACAUUCGUAUACGGGCACUGUCGCCGGAUGCAGCCGAAUCGGUGAAAUCGACGACCCCUGAACCAGUUGACAUUGAGACACGUGAAAUAGUAAAUAUGAUGUGCAGUGUAAAACCGCGAGAAACGGCUAGCAAUGAAUUAAUUAUGACCCUUCUGCUGCGAAUGGAUGACAAAAUGAACAGGCAGUUAACGUGUCAAGUAUCGCAGGACGAUUCAUCAACAACAUUAACCAAUGAGCUUGUACAUUUAGGUUUUAUACAUGAAAAUGAUCGUGAGAAAAUCGUCACUCUGAUAGAUAAUACACUGCGAACAUUCAUGCAAAAUCCAUCACAUCCAGGUCAGCAACAGGGAGCCCCACAACAGCAGCAGCAUCAACAGCCAAGCAAUCUGCAGCAUGCCGAUAAUAAACCAAAUCCGUUGCACUGAUCAAUCAGUAUAAUUCACUUACGAAAACAACCGCAUAUUUAGCUGUCGUUCUUAUGCUUCCUAACUAAUUUUAUUUGUUUUAGAUCAUUCAAUUAAUAAAUCAACAAAGCGACACAAUUAGUGAGAAAAUAAAACCAAUGUCAACUACUCAAUGCUAUAACUAAUUAUUUUAACAGCCAUUACACAGUAAACAAUUUGGAUACCGAGUCACAACUCAUUGCAACAGGUCCAAAACAGUUCCUAGAUAUAGCAGGAUAAAAGAAUGAGUUGAAGCUAGGGCACCACUUCACGAGUGCAUUUUUCAGCAACAGAUUUGUGCUAAGAGAAAAAAAAAAUUACACACGCUUCGUAUAUUUAUAAAACAACAAUGAGAAUUAAUGAACAGCGAUGAAAUGCAUGCACACAAUAAACGACAAAAAAAUAGAAAUGUAAAUAAAAAAUCGUAUUUAAGGCAAAUGUAAACAAUUAUUAUGAAAUGAGAAUGAUGAAUUUAAGAGUUCAAUGCAAUUAUUAUGCUGGCAAAUUUUGUCUUAUGAUCGAUAUGAUAUCUCUCAUGAAGUCAAUCCAAUAUAAUCAUCGAUAACUGCUUUUGGGUCUGUGAACUGCGAGCGCAUGGUAUUCGAAACGGUUGCUUUCGACUUUCGUUCAUCGCAUAACAGCAGGCAAACAGAUCAAAUACCAUUUAUGUAAACAAAAUAUAUCAGAAAAUUUUAAUUACUUUUAUGCAAAAGACAAAAACAACGUGAACAUAAUGAAUUGCAAGGCAGACGGCCAAGUUGCACUUUUCAGUACAUUUGAUAUGGAACGUAAAGUGAAAUCUUCGAGAGAGAAAAUAUUGAACAUGAACAUUGAACAACACACAUAUUAUAAUGCUGAAAAAUUUAAGCAUAUAGCGAUUGGAUGAAAGUGAAAGAGAGUCAAAAUUAGACAUUUGUAUCAUUUUAUUUAUAUAAACAAUAAAUCGUGUCAACAAAAAAUGCAAAAACUCAACAACUCAA